GCGGGAAAUGCGAAUAAGGCGCAUCCAUGAUGUUGGGUUCAUUGACCCACAAAUCCUUAAUUCAUAUGUGUUAGAACUCCACCCCGCCGACGUGGAGGAUGACCUGUGGCGGUUUCUUAGAAAACAGGAACUCAAAAGUGAUAUUCUAUUUCCUUACCAUUUUGGGUUCCACUGGAUUCUGCUAGUAAUUCAAAUUCAGAACUCCACAGUUCUCGUCCACGACUCUCUGAAUAUGGAUUCGGCGCUUUGGGCCGACAUGAGAAAAAUGAUGCAAAAGGUUUGGAGACGGUUCGUAGAUCAAAAGGUCGGUGAAUUCAAAAAAGAGCUACAAUUUAAAAGGGCAAAGAAUGCGACUGGGGAUAUUCAGCCACCGGGGACCAAUCUAUGUGGAUACUAUGUUUGUGAGAGGAUCCGGAGAUACACCACUGAGCGGCAGCCGUCUGAGAACAACAUCAAGAGGAUUAACCUCCGGACGACGCUUAGUCCAGAAGCUCGCUUCCGACCACUUCAAGAGGAAUUAGCUGGAUGGUUGGCGAGGGAAGUCAUCGAUCCUAGAGGAGAACACUAUGUAGAGGACGUAGAACUUUAUAUGCACUAA